AUGAGUGGUGGAUGGAAUACUAUUGAAUCCGAUGCGGGUGUCUUUACCUCCCUCAUCGAGAAUCUCGGCGUCAAGGACGUCCAAUUCGAAGAACUCCUCACCCUCGACCCAUCUGAGCUUCUCACCCUCCAGCCUAUUUACGGCGUGAUUUUCCUCUUCAAAUACCCGACCGAUCAACCGUACGCGACACCCGAAGGACCCCGCGACGGCUCGUUCGACCACGACGCCUCGGAGAACAUCUUUUUCGCUGCGCAGACGAUCCAGAAUGCAUGCGCCACGCAAGCCCUUCUGAGCGUGCUGCUCAACAAGACAAAUGAUAUCGAGAUAGGAGACCAGCUAGGUGACUUCAGAGAAUUCACUAUGGUUCUACCACCCGAGUUCCGUGGUGAGGCGCUCAGCAACUCGGACCUCAUCCGUGAGGUACACAACAGCUUCGCUCGCAGUAGUCCCUUUGCCGAUGAGACAGAUAAAACUGGCGCAGAAUCGGAGGAUGCCUUCCACUUCAUCGCCUACACGCCUAUUAACGGCACACUCUACGAACUCGACGGCUUGCAACCCGCGCCCAUCUCCCACGGCGCCUGCAACUCUGACGACUUUGCUACCAAGGUGGUCGACGUCCUCCAGAAAAGGAUCGCACGAUACGAUGCCACCGAGAUUCGCUUCAAUCUUCUUGCUAUGUGCCGGGACCUGCGGCAGCGUGCGCGCGACUUCGGAGACGAGGAGCUACUGGCUCGAGAAGAGCGCAAGCGCCGGGACUGGAUGUUUGAGAAUGCUUUGAGAAGACAUAACUUUGUCGGCUUCGCGGGUGAAGUGUUGAAGGGUGUCGUGCGCAGCAAGGUUGCUGGAGGUGGUGACGGUGCUUGCGAGAAGUGGGUGAAGGAGAGUUUGGAACGAAGAAAGAAUGCGGAGCAGGCUAUGAGAGGCCGAGGCGGUGGUGAUGGCGAUGGAGAUGUUGAUAUGGGAGCUUGA